GCUAGGGUGUGCUGACGUUUGCGAGUCUAUCUGCGCGGCUUUCUUCCUGUUUGGAGCCGGCUUCGGAGAAAAGGCCGGUUUGCGGCCUGUAUUGAGAUCCGUUAACAUCUUCCCGAAGGAUUAUCGUAAGCCGGUCGGACACCAUGGCCAAAUUCCAGGCUCCAGUGAUAAAUGACAACCCUUUGGGUUGGGGACCCUGCGCUGUACCUGACCAGUUCAAGGACAUGCCCUAUCAACCAUUCAGCAAGGGGGACCGCCUUGGAAAGGUUGCAGAUUGGACAGGAGCCACUUAUCAAGACAAGAGAUAUACCAAUAAAUAUUCAUCUCAAUUUGGUGGUGGCAGCCAGUAUGCAUAUUUCCAUGAAGAAGAUGAAACCAGCUUUCAGUUGGUGGACACUACAAAGAUGCAGAAGACUGCAUACCAGAGGAAUAGGCUGCGAUUUGCUCAGAGGAAUUUGCGUCGAGAUAAAGACAGAAGAAAUAUGCUUCAGUUCAACUUACAGACUCUACCUAAAAGUGCCAAGCAGAAGGAGAGGGAUCGUCUAAGGCUACAAAAAAAAUAUCAAAAGCAAUUUGGUGUUCGCCAGAAAUGGGACCAAAAAUCUCAGACUCAGCUUAAACCACGGGAUUCCUCAGUAGAGGUUCGUAGUGACUGGGAGGUAAAGGAGGAGAUGGACUUUCCACGUUUGCUCAAAAUGCGUUACCUGGAUGUAUCUGAACCUGUAGACAUAGAAUGUUGUGGAGCCCUGGAGCAUUACGACAAAGCCUUUGACAGAAUCACCACAAGAAACGAGAGACCAUUGAAAAGUAUCAAAAGAAUCUUCCACACUGUGACUACAACAGACGAUCCCAUUAUCCGAAAGCUUGCCAAGACACAGGGCAAUGUGUUUGCCACGGAUGCUAUCCUUGCCACCCUUAUGUGCAGCACCCGUUCUGUUAAUUCCUGGGACAUUGUGGUCCAAAAAGUUGGGUCUAAGAUUUUCUUUGACAAGAGAGAUAACUCUGACUUUGACUUGUUGACGGUCAGUGAAACGGCUAAUGAGCCCCCACAGGAUGAUGUCAACUCCUUUAACUCUCCUCGAAAUCUGGCAAUGGAGGCCACUUACAUCAACCACAACUUCUCCCAGCAAUGUCUGAGAAUGGGUAAAGAUAAGUACAAGUUUCCAAACCCAAACCCCUUCAUAGAAGAUGAUGUGGAUAAGAAUGAGGUGGCGUCUGUGGCCUAUAGGUACAGGCGCUGGAAACUCGGGGAUGACAUUGAUUUGGUUGUGAGGUGUGAGCACGAUGGUGUGAUGACUGGGGCCAAUGGAGAAGUGUCUUUUAUUAACAUAAAGACUCUGAACGAGUGGGAUUCCAGGCACUGUAAUGGUGUAGAUUGGCGUCAGAAGCUGGACUCUCAGAGGGGUGCUGUAAUUGCUACCGAGCUGAAGAAUAACAGCUACAAACUGGCACGCUGGACUUGUUGCGCUCUGUUGGCUGGAUCAGAGUAUCUUAAAUUAGGGUAUGUGUCCCGUUACCAUGUGAAGGAUUCCUCUCGCCAUGUUGUCUUGGGCACUCAGCAGUUCAAGCCCAGCGAGUUUGCCAACCAAAUAAACCUGAGCAUGGAGAAUGCCUGGGGCAUCUUGCGCUGUGUGGUGGAUAUCUGCAUGAAACUGGAUGAGGGCAAAUACCUUAUCCUGAAAGACCCCAACAAGCAAGUAAUAAGGGUUUACAGCUUGCCUGAUGGCACUUUCAGUUCAGAAGAGGAUGAAGAUGAUGAUGAUGAGGAAGAGGAAGUAGAAGAAGAGGAAGAAAGUUAAAUCUUUAGGAAUGGGUCAGAUGUUCAGAUUUUGGAACAUAUUUCCUUCAUCCUGGACCUGCAAGAGGAUAGAGCUACUAUAAGAAAAUAAAUAUUGUGCACAAACCUA